UCACUCACUCUCACACCUCAGCUCACCGGUCCGUCCGUCCGUCAGUACCACACCUCACCGGCCGCCCAAGCAACUUCCGACUAAAAUAAUGCCGAGCACCUAUCCCCUCCCCCUUCUGCUCCUCGCCGUCCUCCUCCUGGCCGGCGAGUCGAGCUCGCAGCCCGCCUCCGGCGACCAAGCCACCCUCCUAGCCAUCAAGAAGGACUGGGGUAACCCCGCGCAGCUCGCGUCGUGGGACCCCACCGCCCACGCCGACCACUGCAACUGGACCGGCGUCGCCUGCGAGGGCGAUGGCGCCGGGCGAGUCGUCACGGGGCUAUCCUUGCCGAAGCUGAACCUCACUACCGGCGAGGUGCCGACGUCCGUGUGCGCCCUGGCGAACCUCACAAGCCUCGACCUCUCCUACAACAACCUCACCGGCAGCUUCCCCGGCGCUACGCUGUACGGCUGCGGCCGGCUCCGGUUCCUCGACCUCUCCUACAACGGGUUCGAUGGGGCCCUCCCGGAUGACAUCGGCCGGCUGUCGUGGGCGAUGGAGCACCUCAACCUGUCGGCUAACCACUUCUCCGGCGCCGUGCCAGCGGCGGUCGCGGGGCUAACGGCGCUGAAGUCGCUUGUUCUUGACAAGAACCAGUUCACCGGCGCGUACCCGGCGGCCGAGAUAAGCAAGCUCACCGCGCUUGAGAAGCUCACGCUUGCCGUGAACCCUUUCGCGCCGGCGCCGGCGCCGCCCGAGUUCGCCAACCUAACCAACCUGAGCUACCUCUGGAUGGCCGACAUGAACAUGACCGGCGAGAUCCCGAAGGCCUACUCGAGUCUAGCGAAACUCGAGAUGCUCGCUGUGACGGGGAACAAUCUCACCGGCGGGAUCCCGGCGUGGGUCUUGCAGCACCCAAAGCUCAAGUACGUGUACCUGUUCAACAACGGACUCAUCGGCGAGCUUCCGCGCAAUAUCACGGCGGUGAAUUUGAUGGAGCUUGAUGUGUCGUCGAACAACCUCACCGGAGAAAUACCGGAAGACAUCGGUAACAUCAAGAACCUGAGCAUAUUGUUCAUGUACACCAACCAGCUCACCGGCACCAUUCCCGCAAGCAUGGCGACGCUCCCCAAACUCAGGGACAUCCGGCUAUUUGAGAACAAGCUCUCCGGCGAGCUCCCAGCUGAGCUCGGGAAGCACUCGCCGCUCGUCAACCUCGAGGUCUGCAACAACAACCUCUCCGGCUCGCUACCGGAGUCACUCUGCGCCAACGGAAAGCUCGACGACAUCGUCGUCUUCAAUAACAACUUCUCCGGCGAGCUCCCGAAGAACCUCGGCGACUGUGUCCUGCUGAACAACAUCAUGCUCUACAACAACCGCUUCUCCGGCGAGUUCCCGGCGAAGAUAUGGUCAUUUCCGAAGCUGACCACUCUGAUGAUACAUAACAACGGUUUCACCGGGGCUCUACCGGCCGUGCUAUCUGAGAACAUCACGCGGAUUGAGAUGGGGAAUAACAAAUUCUCUGGCUCCUUCCCAACGUCGGCAACCGGGCUGAGCGUGUUCCAGGCGGAGAACAAUCAGCUCUCCGGCGAUCUACCGGGCAACAUGAGCAAGUUUGCCAACCUUACUGAUCUGUCGGUGUCGGGCAACCAGCUAACUGGUUCCAUACCAGCAUCAGUCAACUUGUUGCAGAAGCUCAAUUCUCUCAACUUGAGCGGCAACCGACUGUCCGGCACCAUUCCACCUUCCAGCAUCGGAUUGCUUCCAUCGCUGAAUAUCCUUGAUUUAUCCGGCAAUGAAAUCACCGGUGCCAUACCGCCGGACUUCAGCAACCUUAAACUCAACAAGCUCAACAUGUCGUCAAACCAGCUCACCGGCGUGGUGCCGCUCUCGCUGCAGAGCGCGGCAUACGAGAGCAGCUUCGUCGGCAACCACGGGCUCUGUGCUAGGAAAGGCUCGGGGGUAGACCUCCCGAAAUGCGGCAGUGCCCGUGACGAGCUCUCGAUGGGCUUGAUCGUCCUCUUCUCCAUGCUCGCCGGCAUUGUUCUCGUCGGCAGCGUGGGCAUCGCGUGCCUGCUCUUCCGGCGGCGGAAGGAGCAGCAGGAGGUGACCGACUGGAAGAUGACGCAGUUCACCCAUCUGGGCUUCACCGAGUCGGAUGUGCUCAACAACAUCCGUGAGGAGAACGUGAUCGGCAGCGGCGGGUCCGGGAAGGUGUACCGCAUCCACCUGCCUGCCCGUGCCGGCGGCGGCGGCGGCGGCGGCGGCGGCGACGUGGAGCACGGCGGCGGCGGCGGCGGCAGGAUGGUGGCCGUGAAGAGGAUAUGGAACGCGAGGAAGCUGGACGCGAAGUUCGACAAGGAGUUCGAGGCGGAGGUGAAGGUGCUGGGCAACAUCCGGCACAACAACAUCGUGAGGCUGCUCUGCUGCAUCUCCAGCCAGGACGUGAAGCUGCUGGUGUACGAGUACAUGGAGAACGGCAGCCUCGACCGGUGGCUGCACCACCUUGACCGCCAGGGCGCGCCCGCGCCGCUGGACUGGCCGACGAGGCUGGCCAUCGCCAUCGACUCGGCCAAGGGGCUCAGCUACAUGCACCACGACUCGGCGCAGUCCAUCGUGCACCGGGACGUCAAGUCCAGCAACAUCUUGCUGGACCCGGAGUUCCACGCCAAGAUCGCCGACUUCGGGCUCGCCCGGAUGCUUGUCAAGUCCGGCGAGCUGGAGUCCGUGUCAGCCAUCGGCGGCACGUUCGGGUACAUGGCCCCAGAGUAUGCGUCCAGGCUGAGGGUGAACGAGAAGGUCGACGUCUACAGCUUCGGCGUGGUUCUGCUGGAGCUGAUCACCGGCAAGGUCGCGAACGACGGCGGCGCCGACGUCUGCCUGGCGGAGUGGGCGUGGCGGCGGUACCAGAAGGGCCCUCCGUUCAACGACGUGGUCGACGAGCACAUCCGAGACCCGGCCAACAUGGCGGACAUCCUGGCCGUGUUCACCCUCGGCGUGAUCUGCACGGGGGAGAACCCUCCGGCGCGGCCGUCCAUGAAGGAGGUCCUGCAGCACCUCAGCCGGUGCGACAGGAUGUCCGCUCAGGCGGAGGCGUGCCAGCUGGACUAUGGCGGCGACGGCGGCGCGCCGCUGCUGGAGGCGAAGAAAGGCAGCCGGAGGAGGGACGUGUCGGACUCCGGCAGGUGGGACGACGACGAGGAGGACAGCGGCAACUUCGUGGUGCACGCGGUCUAGCAGAGGCGUACGCCCACCAACAAGAGCAGUUCUGUUCAGGUGUACACUAGCACUGCAGAGUGCAUAGCUGCUAGAGCUCAUCCGUGGAGAUGUAGAGCUCGCAGCACUAUUGCACCAGUGCAGUAAAAAUGUGUAGCAAUAAGUGUACGACGUCAAGGUGAAUGAAGAAUGUAACCAAUCCAACGUCGCUCAUCAAAA